AUGAAAAAUCAAUUAGCAGUUCCAACAUUUGAAUUAGCACUAGCAAUAGCACAUGAAUAUAAUAUUUAAGAUGAAUAUUUAAAACCAGCAACUAUGCCUUUUGUAGCAAUGGCUAAAAAAGCAAUUGAUAUAGAUUGUAAUAUGGAUUUGAGAAAAAGUUUAGAAGAUUCAGUAGGUUAAUUUUUUGCAAAUGAUACUAUCUUAUUUAGAGAAGAUAGUGAACUUGGUGAUAUAUAAAAUAAGAGACUAAAUAAUGUUAUUGAAUAUAUAAAUAAACUUUUAAAUAUCAGUUUAGAACCAACAGAAACUUUUUUCACCAAAGAGUUGUCUGAAUAAGAAAUAUAAAAAAUUAAGAAGUUUAUUUAAGAAUAGGAUAUAUGGAAGUUAAUAUCCAUAUAAUAGGCAACUAUAAAUUGCAAAUCAUCUUGUUUGGGUAUUUCGUUAAUUAACAAAUAUAUCGGAAUUUAAGAAUGCUUUGAACUUGCUAGACUUGAAGAAAGUUAUUAAAUUAAUUAAUAUGGAUUGGUAGAAGGAUUCCAUGAUAUAGAUGAAAAUACUUUGCGUCUUAAUUUAGCUACAGCAAGACUUUUUAAUGAUUUAAUAAAUUUUUGA